AUACUACAAAUAGCCAUCACUUUUCAUACAAAUUCAUUCAUUGCUUCAGCAGUCAUUCGUCCGAUCGCAUCAUCACAAAAUCAACUUUCAUCAAACUAGAUUCGUCGUCAUCUUCCAAGCAAAAUGGCCCUAACCGAGGAAGAAAAACGUAAAGCCGCAGAAAAAGAACGUAAAAAGGCUGAAGUGCGUGCCCGUCUUGAAGAGGCAGCACGUGCAAAAAAGGGAAAAAAAGGUUUCAUGACACCGGAACGUAAGCGUAAAUUGCGUACAUUAUUGCGUAAAAAUGCAGCCGAAGCUGUCAAGCGUGAACAGGAACGACGUGCAGGCGAACGUCGAGAAAUGCUGCUCAAACGUUGUGGUCAGGCAAAAAACCUCGACGGCCUAAACGCAGACGCAUUGAAGAAAGUUUGUCAAGAAUAUCACGAUCGUCUAGCCAAACUAGAGGACAACAAAUAUGAUCUUGAAUGCGAGGUGAGACAAAAAGAUUAUCUAAUCAAUGAAUUACAGGUACAAGUCAACGAUAUGCGUGGCAAAUUCCUUAAACCGGCAUUGAAAAAAGUGUCAAAAUAUGAUCAAAAAUUGGAAAAAAUGGCCAAAGUGGCUGCGAAAGCUGAUCAAGAUUUUCGACAAAAUCUGAAACGUGUACAGUCAACCAAAUUCACCGUGGAGGAUGAAAAAGAUAUGAAAGAUCAACCAAAUUGGGCCAAAAAAGGUGGACAUAAACUGGAAGUUGAAGAAGCCGAAGAAGAGGAAUAAACGAGCAAGACAAGAGCACCAUACCCGCCGCACCACAUUAUAACAUUAUGACACCAUCAAACUGAAUUGAGCAGUGCAAUAUAUUGAUACUAUGAGAUAUACAAAUGCCAAUAAACAA